CUUCGAUCAUCCCCACAUCUGGAAGACCUCACGCUCGCGUAUACCAUCCUCACAUAAAAGUACCAUUCGCCAUGAACUCGUCGGCGGCAGUUGCCCCGGGUCUGGCCAAUGGCCACGCUCCUCAUCGGCCGGCCCAAACUCCUGUUCUCAUCCCUGGCCCCACCUCUCCUCAGUCCUCCAUGAUCGCUUCUGGGCAGCAGUACCUCCUCUUUCCUUCCUUCACCCUGGAGAGCGGCAUUACGCUCACCAACUUGCCCGUAGCAUUCAAAACGUGGGGCAAGCUGGAUGAGAGGACGAAGGACAACGCCCUCGUCGUUGCUCACGCUUUGACCGGCAGCGCUGAUGUGGAAGACUGGUGGGGUCCUCUGCUCGGGCCUGGUAAGCUCUUCGACCCUACUCGGUACUUCAUCUUUUGUGCCAAUGUUCUUGGCUCGCCCUAUGGGUCAGGUGGACCCUGCACCCGCAAGGGAGGUGAGGACUACGACGCCCAGAGCGGCACUCACAGGCGCGAGAAGGAUUGGGACGGUCAGGGCUGGUGGGGGCCGGAGUUCCCUGCCACGACCGUCAGAGACGAUGUCAGGAUUCAAAAGCUCGUUCUCGACUUCCUUGGAGUGGAGCGAAUCGCAGCUGUCGUGGGAGGAUCCAUGGGAGGCAUGGCUGUCCUCGAAUGGCCACUCUGCUUCCCCGUUCGCUUCCCACCUACGGACGAUCCAGGUCAGCUAGACGACCCCUCUUCCGUCACGAGCGACCCAAAGGAUCGCUACAUCUCCUGCAUCAUUCCCAUCGCAACAGCAGCCCGUCAUGGUGCAUGGUGUAUUUCAUGGGCAGAGGCGCAGCGUCAGUCAAUCUACUCUGAUCCACUCUUCUGUCAUGGCUACUAUGCCUCCGACAGUUCUCCACGGGCCGGACUGGCUGCAGCUCGAAUGGCUGCUCUUCUCACCUAUCGCAGUCGAGACAGCUUCGAGUCUCGGUUCGGUCGAAGAGUCGGAACUGCAGCUAAGGGUGGUGGAGCCGUAGCUGUUGCCGCGGCGGCAGCUCGAGCAAAGGAAAGUGCUACGGCAUCCCAGGCUGCCUCCGAUGCUAGUCGCCGAUCUUCCACUGCAUCGGUAGCAGCCCUCGCUCACAACGAAGGCAACCUCAGCCCUCGCCUCGCAGUCGAUGCAAAUGGAGUCAGCGGCGCUGCGACGUCGGGUGAAACGUCUGACGGCUUUGCGAAGACCUCCAUUACCAGCAGCAUUGCACCUCCGGACUCGUCGAUUGCGCCUCCCGUCUUCUCAGCACAGUCUUAUUUGCGAUACCAGGGCGACAAGUUCGUCAAGCGCUUCGACGCCAACUGCUAUAUUCAUCUCACGCGCAAGAUGGAUACGCACGAUUUGGCAAGAGGCCGUGCUCACUGGGGCUUCUUGGAUCCCAAGGAAGCGGCCCGCGAGGCUAAGCAAGCCCAGAGGGAGGUGGACAGUAGGCUGGGCACCAGCGAAGAAGUUCUUCAAGGGGAGAAGCGGCUGCCCCACGCAGGCGAGGAGGACGACGAAGCUCUAGCACGAGUCCUGGCUUACCUUGGUACCUCUGACGGUAAUUCGCCAAGCCUGUCCCGCUACGGCGCCCCUGCUCCUUCGGUGCAUGUAGUGUCUAUCUCCUCGGAUGGCCUCUUCCAGACGCCAGAGCAGCGUCUGAUUCAUCAACUCAUCCCGGGGUCUACCUUCCACGAAGUGCCCUCUCCCGAAGGCCACGACGGUUUCCUCUUGGAGUUCGAAGCCAUCGGUAGCGGUUGCGAAGAGGUGCUCAGAAAGGUCGUUGGAGAGGACUUCUACAAUGAGAAAGGAGUGGGGUGGGAGGAGUGGAAGGAUUGGGGGAGCGAAGAGGCAGGCGGCGCAGACGGUCAGGGUGGCAAGAUUGGGGUAGGUGGUGAAAAGAUGCCGCCUGUCAAGGAGAGCGUCUUUGGCGAAGUGGAGGACUUGACAAGGUGGUAAGGUGGCCCUGGCAAUGCUCAGUGGAAUAUGCGUAUAUAUGGAGUCGACCUCCAAGAACAGUCCGUAAAGUAGAACAACCCAAAUGCAUCAGAAUAGAAGACGACGGACGAUGUAUGACUUCUGUCUUGUAGCCAC